AUGUUGACAUCAUCCUCCGCUACCAACAGCUCCUACUCCUCAUCUGUCGCUUCCUCGGAUCCUCAUCUUCCCUAUCAAAACCCUCAACCCAUGUCCACUCUCUCCCUAGGCUCUCAGCACCCACGCCGCACCCCAAUGUCUGUGAAAUACCCACGUUUCUACUCCUCGCCGCUAGACGACGGCCUCGAGACACCAUUGCAAAUCUACGGCUACGAACAGCGCGCGCCAUCCAUCUACGAGAAACCCAGACUAUUCCGCCGCGUCUCGCACGCCCUCGACGAUAUCAAGGAAGACUUUUCUCUGAACGUGGAUCCUACCCGAUCCGCCGCCAACAAGAUCAAGCGUCGUUCCACACUGCUACUCGACGCCAAUUUUGGCACAACCCCGCGCCCGGAAACUGCAGAUGGCCCAAUGCCCAUGCGCUCUCGACCAAUGUCUAUUUUCUCUGUUUCCACCCCGCAGCGCGGCCUGAGCCGGAGACUUAGCCGACGACUUUCGAUUUUCUCUACGCGGAGCAAAACUGCGACCGUAUCGAAUUCGGCGAGCAUCUCCUCGCCGAACUUGAUCGGUUCGUCGACGCAGUACGCCAACGGCAGCCAGACGACUUUCAUCUAA